AUGGCCACAUCAAGCAACCGUACAGAUGGUGAUUCGAUACUAGGCCAUCAGAGUGAGACAGUUGUUAUACCCGGCCGACCGCAAGAACAAUUGCAGAUUGAACAACCAGAAUCUGCCAGAGAUGCAGAAGAUAAUAUCAACUACCCAACAGGUGCCAAGCUCUGGCUGACUAUACUUUGCCUCUGCAUUACAUUCUUCCUACAUGGCUUGGAUCUUACCAUAGUUACUGUGGCUAUGGACAUUCCGACUUCUGGACAAGAGCUGAUGCUUGGAUAUAGUAUGAUGACUAGUAGUGCCUUCAUUUUCUUCUUCGGAAAGGCGUAUACUCUAUACUCGUCCAAACCCCUUUUCAUGUUCGGGAUCAUCACGUUCGAACUUGGCUCCCUGCUCUGCACCGUUGCCGCAAACUCCAAGAUGUUUAUCCUUGGUCGUGCCAUUGCGGGUCUGGGAUCCAGUGCUUUUAAUACUGGAAGUGUCACCAUCUUACGACAUUGCUUCCCCCUGGCGAAACAACCACUGGUGACGAGCUCGGUCAUGGUCUUCUCAUCCCUUGGUCUCGUCUCUGCACCGAUGAUCGGUGGAGUGUUGAUCGAUGCCUUCAACUGGAGAGCCUGCUUUGGGAUCAAUCUCCCGCUGGGCGUGCUCUGCAUACUCUUGACGUGGUACGGAUUUUCCGACCCUGUUGGCAACCCUGACAACAACUUGCCUUGGAAAGAGAAACUCAAUCGGCUGGAUCCUUUGGGAACACUUCUCAUCGUUCCUGCAAUUACUUGUUUCCUGAUGGCUCUUCAAUGGGGAGGUAUCAAGUAUGGAUGGAACAACUGGCGGAUUAUUUUGCUUCUCGUUCUGUUCGGAGUGCUGUUUACUGUCUUUGGCUACGCUCAACAUCGUCGAGGCGAGGCAGCCACGCUACCAACGAGGAUAGUGAAACAACGGAGCAUUCUGGCCGCUCUUUGGUUUUCUAGCUGCUGCAAUGGAAUCUUGGCUGUGACAGAGUCAUACAUUGCCAUCUACUUCCAAGGAGUGAAAGGUCUAUCUCCAACUUCUUCUGGACUGUUGGGCUUGCCCAUGAUUGCAGGACUGGGGCUUGCCGGCUUAGCCGCAGGCAUGGGAAUCAGCAAAAUCGGAUACUACUUCCCGUUUAUGUUCGCAACCAGCAUAUUAGCGCCCGUUGCCUCUGGCAUACUCACAACCAUCAAUCUUGACGAGAGCUCCGCCAAAGUUGCCGCACUACUUGGAUUUCUCGGCGCUGCAAUAGGGUUUGGCAUGCAGACUCCCAUCCUCAUCGUGCAGACAAGUCUGUCGCCGAAAGAUGUCUCGAUUGGAACCGCCGUCGUUGGCUUUGGGGGAGGAAUGGGCUCUGCCCUUUGGACUUGUGCCUCAGCGACACUUUUUCAGAACCGUCUGGUGGAGGAGAUCCAACAGCAUGCUCCUGGUGCAAAUGUCACUGCGGUUGGCCAUUCUGGACUUUCCGACCUUCGACAUGACAUCGGCAGUGCAAAUCUGAAAAAUGUGCUUUCCGGGUACAGCAAUGCAGUGUCACAGACGCUGUACAUACCUUUGGCUUUGGGAAUACUUACCAUUAUUGGUUCAGUCGCAACCGAGAGGAAAUCCAUGAAAAAGAAGACCUCGUAG